GUCAUUCACAUAGCAGCUACCUGCGGAUGCGUACUACCUACUACUACCUCCGAGGUCUUUUGCCGUUUGUCGUCUUCAGUCCUACGUCUACCCCACCUCUAUCGCUGGUGCGGAGAGGAACACAUAUACCGUAGGUUAUAUCUCGAGUACUAUUCAUACAUCAUCUCACUUAAAAAGCUGGAGAGUGGAAUUUGAGAGCAUCAACCAAAAUCAGUCAUCAUGGCUCACAAAUUUCACAUCAACACGACACAUAUCCACCUGAAAUGGGAUCGAUCUCUUACUCCCGCUUUAACGGUUGAUUCUGGUUCCGAGAUAUCAUUUGAUCUACUCGAUGGCGGUUCCAAUCAAAUCACCGACACCUCAGACAUCACCGCAGUCCAAAACUUCAAUGUCUCAAAGGGCGAUCCCGCAUUUGGUCCUGUUUACGUCAAUUCCGCUUCUCCAGGCGAUGUGCUGAAAGUCGAGUUUUUAUCCCUCAAGCCAGCUCAUUACGGUUGGACAGCCUGUCUACCCGGCUCAUUCGAAUUUGGUCUUCUAGCUGACGAAUAUCCGGAAGCAUCACUCAAGAUAUGGGAUCUUUCAAAGGGAGAAGACUUUGCGGUUUUCAAAGAAGGAAUACAUGUGCCCAUCAAACCAUUUUUGGGCGUAGUAGGAGUUGCUCCUGGAGAAGAGGGUGAAUUCUCGACAAUUCCUCCUUAUGAUACUGGUGGGAACAUCGAUUGUAAAUAUAUCACUCAAGGGUCUGUUCUUUACCUUCCGGUCAAAGUUUCAGGAGCAUUGUUUAGUUGUGGAGAUGGGCACGCUGCGCAAGGAGAUGGAGAAGUCUGCGGAACGGCUAUUGAGACGCCCAUGAAAGCCACAGUUCGUUUGACAGUCGAGAAGGGCAAACCGUGGGUUCAAAGUCCUCAUUUCUUGGUUGCCCCUCAGCCAGUCACAGUGGACAAAGGAGAAUAUGCUGCAUUAGGAAUCGAUAGUGAUCUCAGAGAAGCAAGUAGAAAGGCAUUGAGAGGGUUGAUAGCGUGGUUGGUAGCAGAGAAAGGCCUGGAAAGCCAAGAAGCAUAUAUGCUUAGCAGUGUGGCAGCGAAUUUGAAGAUUGCGGAGAUUGUUGACAUGCCAAAUUAUGCGGUGGCUUGUAGUUUACCUUUGAGCAUCUUUGUUGGUGCUCCGUACAUUUGAAGUUAGGAUGGAGUCUUUCGUAUUCAGAGCACGAGAAGGUGUGAAUAUGGAGUAGUUACUUGGUAUUUACUGCCGCUUAUCCCGUCAACAUUUCCCCACGUACCGAAUCUUCCGCCUCUCAACGAUUUUCCGACUUCACAUCUCAUGCACCGCACACAGUACAACUCCUAAUCCAUUUCAGGUGAGAUGGCACGCGACUCAAUAUAGCCAAUCAAGCAUUUCUCAUCGGUUUAAUUUUUGAGUUCCCUCAGAUUGAUAACAGAAACGCUUAGAUUCGGAGCAGGUAACAUCUAGAUAUCAAGUUCAAUCUUUCACAUGUUUCUCUACACCAUCACAAAAGCCUAGGGUCGAUGUUGCCCAGAUAAAUCACACAUCUAGAUAUACAUCUAGGUUUGAUCCACCAAUCAAAUAUUCUGGAUAGAAUGAUGUAAACUCUUAAAUCUCAAAAACGGCCUCUUCGGGCAUAUGGCUAGAGAAAAGUGGGAAUGUGCAUUAUGCAUGCACCUUGUAUGUACUUUCUGUUCUCUUGGAUAUUUACUUGGGCUCCCUCACCGUUCUGUCUUCCCGUCUUACUUCUGUAAAUAACAUCUCGCUA